AAAGUCCCACACAAAACCUUCUGCAAGAACACACAUGCAGAGUCUGUUUGGAUUUCACCCACUGCACUCAAGAACCAUGAUAAACACAAGGAGUCCAGGUGUUUUCUUAAGCUUGCUGAUAGCCCUUCCUUUAGCUGAAGUGGGCCAGUCGAGGCAUGGAAGAAGAAGAAACAUUGGUGCUUUCCUGCCUUCUUCUGACAGUUCCAAUGGGAUCUGUCUCAACGGUGGGAUGUCUGUCCCUUCAUUGGUCACCGGUGAACACUUGUUUUGUAAGUGCCCUGAUGGUUUUUCUGGGAGACACUGUGAAACAGUUAUAGCGAAAGGUGACAGCUGCUAUGAAGGGAUCGGGUUAAACUACAAAGGGACUGUUUCAAAAUCAGUCAGUGGAAAAACAUGCAAGAUCUGGGAUUUACACACCAGGGAUCGUUACCUGUCCUCAGACCUUCACUCUGGAAGACACAACUACUGCAGAAAUAUUCAGUACAGACUACGCCCAUGGUGUAACGUUCAAAAAAACCACCAGCUAGUCCAGGAAUAUUGUGAUAUCCCACAUUGUGACGUCAAAUCCUUCACACCUGCACCUUCAAUUUCACCCACCAUGCCGCAAGCAUCUGCAGAGCUGACAUGUGGCCAGCGGACUAUACAAAGGCAGACAAAGAUUGUGGGUGGAACAGUUUCUACUGUGGAAUCUCACCCAUGGAUCGCUGCUAUCUUCUGGCGUAGCAAAUCGAAUCAGAAUGUUUUCCGCUGUGGGGGAAGUCUGAUAUCUGCCUGCUGGGUCAUCACAGCUGCCCACUGCUUCCCUGAAGGCUCUCAGAUGAGGCAUCAACGCUUCUCUGUCACGCUGGGAAAAAAUGCGAUCAACGAGAGUGACCCAACAGUGGAGCAAACCUUCAGAGUGGAGCAAAUCUUCAUCCAUGAACAAUUUAACAACACUGAUCAAAGCUAUAACAAUGACAUUGCUUUGAUGAAGUUGGUGGCCAAUCAUGGAAAGUGUGCUGAAGAGACUAACUCGGUAAAGACUGUCUGCCUCCCACCGCCUCUGCAAAGCCUCCCGCCAGGGAUCACCUGCGAGAUUGCUGGAUAUGGGAAGGAGAAAUCUGGGUUAUGGUAUAAUUCUCAGUACCUCAGGGAGGCUCAGGUGAACCUCCUCGCUGAUGAUGUGUGUCAACAGAAGGAUUAUUAUGGAAAUAUGGUCAACAACAACAUGUUUUGUGCUGCACGUCCCGACUGGAGCCAGGAUGCCUGUGAGGGUGACUCAGGAGGACCACUGGUCUGCAAAGUCAACAACACUCUCUUCCUCUUUGGAAUUAUUAGCUGGGGAGACGGAUGUGCAAAGGAAAAUAAACCUGGUGUUUAUACCAGAGUUACCAAUUAUAACAAAUGGAUAGAAGAAAAGACAAAUCUGUCUACCAUCACUACUGGAACCAUGUUCCCUCAGAAAUGAUUUAAAGCUCAGGCCACAAAUUAUUUGGAGAAUAACAAAGAUUGUUAUUGAUAAAGCAAAAUGACAACUGCUGGGGAUUUCUGAGCUGUAAAACAACUUAAGCUGAACUACUUCAUAAGCUUGACUGAAAGAUAUAGAAAAUACUUUUGUGUUUCUGUUUAUAUUAAUCAGUUUUUAUUAUUCCAUCUAAUCAGCACUUGUAUGACUCAGUUCACUCAGUGUUGAGUGUUACUUUUCUCUGUCUUUUAUAUAUUUCAGGUAAAAUAGAAACAAAGCAAGAGCAAAUUCUCUUCUGAUACAGUAUAUGUGAUAAAACGUGUUGGUGUUAACUUUUAUACCUCUGAUGAGGAAUAAAAGUUGUGUAUUUAUUUUUUCUUAAUUGUGCCUGUAAUUUUGCUUCAUGAUAUGAUCUUCCUUUAAGCAAAUACAAUUUUUACACUGAUAAUUUGAUGUUGUCUAUGUCUGUAAAUGAAUCAGGGCACUGUAGCUUUAAUAAAGUUGAAUUGAAAUUAAAUGAGUUACUGCUUCUGUCUUCUUAAAAACA